AUGGCGGUAGCUGUCAAGGCGAUUUCUCUUAACCCAGUCGACACAAAAAUGACUGGGGCCUACCAUACCCCAGGAGCUGUUCUAGGCUGCGAUUUCGCUGGAGUUGUGACAGCCGUUGGCACAACCGCGGCCGAGAAAUGGGGAUAUCGCGAAGGAGAUCGUGUUGCCGCCACGAUCAUCGGCAUGAAUCCAUUGCAACCACACAUCGGAGCCUUUGCCGAGCAUACGGUGUGCUCAGCAUGGGGAACCCAGAGGAUUCCCGAGCACUGGACUUUCGCACAAGCAGCAGGGGGGAUGGGCGGCCUUGCGUGGAUCACGGUUUCCUGGGCUUUAUUCCAUAGCAUGGGCCUCCCAGCCGGUCCAAUUCUCGAACCGCUCAAUACUCGGUUGCCUCCACCACAGAGAGAACCCAAACUCAAUAUCGUAUCGGAUCUCAGCAGCGAUGGCUCGAAGCCAGCCACGUCAGUGCUGGUCAAUGGAGGUGCCAGUUACACUGGCACAUGUGCGAUCCAGUUGCUUAAGCUGGCGGGGCUUAAAGUCAUUGCGAUCUGCUCGUCGCGGAGCUUUGACUUGGUUCGUUCGUUUGGUGCGGAUGCUGUUUUUGAUUACGCUUCCGCUACUGCAGCAGAAGAGAUCCGUUCUUACACACGAAAUUCGCUGCGGUUGGCGAUCGAUUGUAUUACAACGGCCGAGACGACCAAAUUGUGCUAUGCUGCUCUGGGGCGCGCAGGUGGUCGCUAUGUAGCACUUGACCCGUACAGUGACUCGGUCACGGCAACUCGACGAGUUGUGCGUCCGGACUGGGUGUUUGGUCUGGAGCCGCUUGGAGAAGAGAUUGCCUGGCCCUCGCCACACAGCAGGAAGCCAAAUACGAUUGCACAGAAUUUCCUUGAAGUGUGGAAUCCCACAAUGCAAAACCUUGUGAGUCAUGGUCUUAUUCGCUUCCAUCCACAGGUGGUACGCGAUACUGGGCUUGCGGGUGCGUUGGAGGGCUUAGAAGAUAUUCGAUCAAAGAAAGUAUCAGGGCAGAAGUUGAUCUACACUUUGUGA